GCUUGAGUCCAACCAAACAAAAUUCUCAAGUUUCAGCCGUGAGCAUGUCUCCAGUAGCUGGCACAAACGGAGGAGCAUUUGGCGGUGCUAAAACAAAGGCCGUUUUCGUGGCAAUAGUUGUCUUAUUUGCCAGAACCGCUCAGGGGGAGGAGAUCGCAUGGGAGCAUGAAGUUCUGACUCAAGAGCACACGGAGCUGCUCGAUACAUGGCACAACCAUGUCAUCGAAACUGUCGAAGAAGGGUUCCGCAUGAAAGUCGGCGACCUUUGCGAUGUCAUGGCUCCGCAGCGGGAGCCUGAAGACAAGGAGACGGUGCCGCCGGCCACCUGGAUCAAACCCACACUGAAGGGGCGAGGGAACGACAAGGUCACGUUAUGGUUCGCCAACGACAAUCUCUACUUCCUCGCCUACAAUAAUUUGACGAACCAGCUCCAUACGUCAAAAGGGUACGAUGCCAUAUUUGUCGAGCCGUUUUAUCCACUUUCCUUUGGCCCAAGCUAUAAGGACCUCAUGGGAGUACACAAAGGACCCGAUGGAAAGAACAUACCUUCCCAUAAGUUUCUAGUUGACGUUCCACUUGGGAAAGAGUCGCUGCUAGAUGCGAUUCACGUCCUCUCGUCCUACGACUCUUCUUCAACUUCAAUCCCUGUCGGCGACCUAAAAAUAGCAAUGGCCCAAAUUAUACUCAUGGGACCGGAAUCCUUACGAUUCCGUCCCGUACGCGACGCAUAUAUUCUGCAAUGGGGGAGGGGAGAAAUAUACUUGACUGAGGAGGUGACAGAUUAUUUGGUUAAGUGGUCAGAGAUUAGUAAAGUAUUGGUGUGGUGGGAAUGGGCGGGCAGGAGAGAUUUUUGGGAUCCCAAGGAGGCUGGGGAGUUGGCCGACGAACUUGACAUCGAGUCUCCGGAGGAGGCGCUCGGAUUAGUAGACUUACUACUUCGACCUGAGCCUAGAAGAAUCAGGUAGUAAAUUAUGCAAGGUCCUUGUUGUAGUUGAAAUGACAAUAAGAAGUUUGGUGAUGUAAUAGGAUAUGAGCAAGGUCCUUGUUGUAGUUGAAAUGACAAUAAGAAGUUUGGUGAUGUAAUAGGAUAUGAGC